UGUACCCAUCAGACCCUACCCAGAGGGGCAGAAGGGAAGGUCAGAAGUAGAGUUGAAGAAAAGGUCAUGCUGGGUUGGAAGACAUUUCCAUUUCUGUUCUUACUCCACAUGCAGCUCACCAAGGCCUUUCCUGUACCUUCUGAAUACUCAGAAGAGAAAAAUGCAAAAAUGGUUCAGAAUUACCUAGAAAAGUUCUACCAACUACCAACCGACCAAAAUCGGUCUGCAAGGAAGAACAACAGUAGCAUAAUUGUUGAAAAGCUGAAAGAAAUGCAGCGAUUUUUCGGGUUGAAAGUGACGGGGAAACCAAGUGCAGAAACUCUGGAGAUGAUGGAAAAGCCCCGCUGUGGAGUGCCUGAUAGUGGUGACUUUAUGUUGACCCCUGGAAACCCCAAGUGGAAACACACUGAACUGACUUACAGGAUUAUAAACUAUACCCCGCAGUUGUCACAGGCUGCAGUGGAAACCGCAAUUGAGAAAGCUUUUCAACUCUGGAGUGCGGCAUCACCCCUGACCUUCACCAGGGUAUCACAGGGAGAAGCAGACAUCAAUAUUGUUUUUGCCCAGAGAGAUCAUGGUGACAACUCUCCAUUUGAUGGACCCAACGGAAUCCUUGCUCAUGCCUUUCAGCCAGGCCAAGGUAUUGGAGGAGAUGCUCAUUUUGAUGCAGAAGAAACAUGGACACAAAACUCCAGAAAUUACAAUUUGUUUCUGGUUGCUGCUCAUGAGUUCGGCCAUUCCUUGGGACUCUCCCACUCCUCUGACCCUGGUGCCUUGAUGUAUCCCACCUACGCUUUCAGAGAGCCCAGCACCUACUCGCUCCCUCAAGAUGACAUCAAUGGCAUUCAGGCCAUCUAUGGACCUUCAAACAAGCCUAUUCAACCUACCGGACAAACCACGCCCACAGCCUGUGAUCCCCGAUUGACAUUUGACGCUGCCACCACACUGCGAGGAGAAAUAGUCUUCUUUAAAGACAAGUACUUCUGGAGACGGCAUCCUCAGCUCCGACAAGUUGAACUCAAUUUUAUUUCUCUCUUCUGGCCAUCCCUGCCAAAUGGUAUUCAGGCUGCUUACGAGGAUUUUGAUAGAGACCUGGUUUUCCUAUUCAAAGGCAACCGAUACUGGGCUCUGAGUGGUUAUGACAUUCUGCAAGGUUAUCCCAGAAGCAUAGCCAACUAUGGCUUCCCAAGCACUGUGAAAGCAAUCGAUGCAGCUGUUUCCUAUAGAAGAAAGACAUACUUCUUUAUAAAUGACCAAUUCUGGAGGUAUGAUAAUGAAAGACGAUCCAUGGAACCAGGUUAUCCCAAAAGCAUAUCAAGUACUUUUCCAGGAUUAGAAAGUAGAAUUGAUGCAGUUUUCCAGCAGGAUUACUUCUUCCUUUUCUUCAGUGGACCAAGAUAUUAUGCAUUUAAUCUUAUUGCUCACAGAGUUACUAGAGUUGCAAGAAGCAAUUUGUGGCUUAACUGCAGAUACAGUUGAAGCAAAAUCAAAUGUGUUUGUAUCCAUUUUCCUAACAUGGAAGGAAAUACAACUUGCA